ACCCACCUACUUUCUCUUUCACUUGUACCAGGUUUACCAGGACAGCUACUGUCUCUUCAAGUUCCCCGCAAAAUGGUUAAAGAAAUUCACGUUGAGGGUCUUGAAGCAUACAAGAAAGCAGUGAGUGAAAAUCAAGGAAAGACGAUAUUUGCUCUGUUUUCAGGCUCCACAGAUGCUGACGGAAAUAGUUGGUGUCCAGAUUGUGUCACAGCGGACCCAGUGGUGAAGAGGAAUUUAAAACAUGCAGGGGACGAUGCAGUAUUCAUCCAUUGUGGGGUCGGAGACAGGACUUUUUGGAAAGACCAAUCAAACGCCUUCAGAAAAGAACCCGGAUUAGAACUAAGGAGUGUCCCUACAUUACUGCGGGUUGGACAGAAACAACGACUGGAAGAAGGCCAAUGUGCCAAAGAUGACCUUGUCCAAAUGUUGUUUUCUGACGAAUAAAACUGAUUUUACAGCCA